GAUGGGACAAACACUCGUACGGUUACCACGGCGACGACGGCCACUCCUUCUGCUCCUCUGGGACCGGCCAACCGUACGGUCCGACGUUCACCACAGGCGACGUGAUUGGCUGCUGCGUGAACCUCAUCAACAACACCUGCUUCUACACCAAAAACGGCAUCAGUUUAGGUGUUGCCUUCACUGACCUCCCUCCCAACCUGUAUCCCACCGUUGGACUCCAAACUCCCGGUGAGAUCGUCGACGCCAACUUCGGCCAGCAGCCUUUCGUCUUCGACAUCGAGGACUACAUGAGCCAGUGGCGGGCAAAGAUCCACGGGAUGAUUGCCAGCUUCCCGAUCGACGAGCGCGUGGGGGAGUGGCAGGCUGUCCUGCAGAAGUAAGACUCUUAAUGUCAAAUACUCGUAUUUUAGCUGCUGCCCUUUUAUUUUGAAGGUCAGAAAAUCACAACCUCAUCAUACAAAA